UGUUAAGUUUAUCAUUGGUUAUUAAGUUUAAUUUUGUACUAAAUACUGUUUAAAUUGAGUAUUAUUGAGUAUUAGUAACUAAUUGAUUAACUACAUGAAAAAAUAGAUUUGUGGUAUUGGAAAUUUGUUAAAAUUAAUGAAAUUCAACUUGAGACUUAAUUUUAAAGAGUUUUAGCAUGAUAAAUCACAUGAUUCCGUGUCUCCUGUUAUUUAUAUCGCUUUCUACAAUAAAUACGGCGACUCAACAACACCAAAAUCAAAAUAUAAUUAAAUAUCCGGAUUCUUGUACUGGAGUUGAUUGCCUAUUUAUCCUAACUUGGUCCGUCCUUUCGGCAACGGCAAGUGGGGAAAUACAAUUUAACUUGACUAGCGAUGCAAAAGAUAACUCAUCUUGGGUGGCGCUUGGAUUCGGUGAAAUUGACUGUAUGCCAAAUGCAGGAUACGUAGACUGCAUUCAAAUAGCAGACAAUGUCAUAAUCCAGGCUUCAUACAGCUCCAAGUACAAAAAUCAACCAUUGAAGGAUUCCAAGUUAGGACUAGUCCCGGGGUCACUAUCAGGUCAGGUUGUGGACGGAAGGAUAACUUGCAGCUUCACACACUUCAUCAAAGUAGAUAAAUUAAAUCCAGAGGCUUAUAAGGUUAAAGACCUUGACAUUCCUUAUUACAUACUUAUGGCUCAUGGACCAGCUGAUUCUAAAGGAUUAAAAAUGAAGCACCAUAAGCCCGUGUACAAGUCUAAUUAUAAGAUUGACCUGUUGAACAAUUCCACCGUUGAAUCAAAUAGGCCAUUGUUUGUUAAGUUACAUGGCUCUUUCAUGGUGAUGGUUUGGAUGUUUUUCAUAAGUUUUGGUACCGUGAUAUCUAGAUACAUGAAAGGUGAUUGGCUAAGGGGGAUUGUCAUAUGUAAUGCGGCUCUCUGGUUUCAGAUCUUCUUAGGCAUGUUAAGGCCAGGUGUCGACUCAAAAUACAGAAUAUUUUUCAAUAUUGUUCAUGGCUUCAAUGGACACGCUAUACAUUUUGUUGGAUUCGUAACUUUGUUCUUUGGUCUAAGAAGUGAAUUCGCCGACUUGCCAAGCUGGGUGCAGUGGCUAGCCAUUGUCUACGGACUCUUCAGGAUUUUCAUCGAUUGCUUUCUCUCCCUGAUGAAAUCUCAACCAAAUUUUGGCUAUGCAAAUAUGUCAAAUGAGGAAGUCUUCGCAUCUGCUGAUAAGAUGCAGCUUUUUGUUAGAGGUCAAACGUUACAGACAGUAAAUGUAGCCGAAAAUACAUCGGUGGCUACUUUAAAAUCCUUGGUUGCUCCUGCCGAAUCACUAAACAGAGAGGAUGUGGUUCUCUACUAUGCUGGUGUUCCUCUUGACAAUGAGUGCAUGGUCAGUAGUUUCGCUUCUGAUCUCUGCACCUUGGAGAUGAACGUCAAGCUGCUUGGAGGUAAAGUCCACGGUUCACUGGCUCGUGCUGGUAAGGUCAAAGGUCAAACACCGAAAGUAGAGAAACAAGAAAAGAAGAAAAAGAAGACGGGUCGUGCAAAGAGGCGCAUGCAGUACAACAGAAGAUUUGUUAAUGUUGUUGCUGGGUUUGGCAGAAAGAAGGGUCCAAACAGCCAAGCCACAUCGUAA